UGACUUCUCAUCUCAUCCCUGCAGCUGCUGAUGCUCGCGCCAUCCUUCCGUUCAACGCUAAUCAAGGAAACUGAUUGGUGAAUCAUCCUGUUCAUACUCCAUCGUCCUCCCCCUUUGACCAUCUCGUGGCCUUCUUUCCGGCAGCAAUAAAUACCCAGGGCGUCUUAAUCUCCGAGCCGGCAAAUCAUCUCCCUCCGUCUUCUUCUUCUUCAUCUCCCGCCUGUAAAGUCUCUAUCACCUCCUCUCUCUAGACAGCAGCAGCAGCAAUGGCUGCGCGCGCGAUUUACGCGCCGCUGGUCUGCACGGCGGCGCUGCUGCUGGCCUUCGUCGUGUCGCCGUCCGCCGGGCUCAGCCUGGACACGGUGAGGGAGUUCCUGACGCGGGAGGAGGACACCAUUGUCUUCAGCCUCAUCGAGAGGGCGAGGUACCCGCUCAACCGGCCGGCCUACGACCCCAUCCACCUCGGCGACGGCGCGGGCCCUGGCCGCCGCCUCAACGCCUCUUUCGCCGAGCUCUUCAUCCGUGAGUCCGAGGCCGUCCAAUCCAAGGCCGGAAGGUACCAAAGCCUACAAGAGAUUCCAUUCUUCGCUUACAGAGUUCCUUUCACUCUGGCACCUCCAUACAACUUCACACGCGAGUUGUAUCCUGCGGCUGCCUUUGUUAACGUCAAUGAUGCCAUUUGGAGCAUGUACUUCAACGAGCUGCUCCCUCUGCUGGCCAAGAAUGGAGAUGAUGGUAACUAUGCUGUGACUGUUGAUUCAGAUCUUGCAUGUCUUCAGGUGCUUUCAAGAAGGAUCAACUAUGGCAGGUAUGUGGCAGAAGUGAAGUUCAGAGGCGACCAGCAGACCUACACUAGUUUAAUUCAGGCCAAGGACAGAGAUUCUCUGAUGAAACUAUUGACAUCUGAAGCCCAGGAAGAUGUCGUAAAGAGAAGGAUAGAGAAGAAGGCCACAGUGUUUGGCCAAAGCAUAACAUCAGAUGGACCAAUUAAAACUGGUGUCAACAACAGCAGUGGAACCAACUUCAAAGUUGACCCCUCCGUUGUUUAUAAACUGUAUGACCAAUGGGUGAUUCCGUUGACUAAACAAGUGGAGGUGGAGUACCUUCUCCAUCGUCUCGAUUGAUCGAAUCAAAUGUGCAUCCAACUAACCUAUUUGUACACAAUUGUCAUGAAUUGUUGUUACAUGACAGCAUACGCAAUAAGAAACAUGCAAAAAGUCUACAGAAUUA